UUGUUGGAAUUCCAUAUAACACCGCACUUAAAUAUAAUUUAAUCUCCUUACAAAGGAGAGAAGAAAAAGAAGUUCUCGCAGUCUCUCGCUUAUAUUUUCUUCAGAUCCGUCUCUCUCUCUCUCUCUCUCUCUCUCUCUCUCUCUGGCUUGGAGAGCUGGAAAGGUUUUCUCGCUCCGGAUCUCACAGGGAUCAGUCUCCCAGCGGUUUGCAGUUCCUUCGGUGUAGAAACCCUGGUUUUGAACCCUCGGUCGAGGGUUUCAAUCCUUUUUCGCAAAUCAGAUUUUGGGUUUUGAAGCGUCGAUCUGGGCACCAUGGCUGCGGCAAGUGCUCCGAUCACCAUGAAAGAGGCCUUGACGUUGCCAAGUAUAGGAAUCAAUCCGCAAUUCAUCACCUUCACACAUGUCACAAUGGAAUCAGACAAGUACAUAUGUGUUCGGGAGACAUCCCCUCAGAAUAGUGUUGUUAUCGUAGACAUGAACAUGCCUAAUCAGCCGUUGAGAAGGCCCAUUACUGCGGAUUCUGCUUUGAUGAACCCAAAUACAAGAAUUCUUGCUCUCAAAGCUCAACUUCCUGGAACUACUCAGGAUCACUUACAGAUAUUCAAUAUUGAAAUGAAAGCAAAAAUGAAAUCACAUCAGAUGCCUGAGCAGGUUGUCUUUUGGAAGUGGAUUACCCCCAAAGUGUUGGGCCUUGUCACACAGACCUCAGUAUAUCAUUGGUCUAUUGAAGGUGAUUCGGAGCCUGUAAAGAUGUUUGAGAGGACUGCUAAUUUGGCAAAUAACCAAAUAAUUAAUUACCGGUGUGAUCCCUCAGAGAAGUGGUUGGUUUUGAUUGGGAUUGCUCCUGGAUCACCUGAGAGGCCCCAGCUGGUCAAAGGAAACAUGCAGCUUUUCUCUGUAGAUCAGCAACGCAGUCAAGCUCUUGAAGCACAUGCUGCAUCAUUUGCAUCAUUUAAGGUUCCUGGAAAUGAAAACCCUUCUACUCUUAUUUGUUUUGCUUCAAAGACUACAAAUGCUGGUCAGAUUACAUCAAAGAUGCAUGUGAUUGAACUUGGUGCUCAGCCAGGCAAGCCAUCUUUUUCAAAGAAACAGGCAGACCUUUUCUUCCCCCCAGAUUUUGCUGAUGACUUCCCCGUGGCAAUGCAGAUAUCUCACAAGUAUAGUUUGAUAUAUGUGAUUACAAAGCUUGGACUUUUAUUUGUAUAUGACUUGGAAACAGCAACUGCUGUUUAUAGAAACCGCAUUAGUCCAGAUCCUAUAUUUUUGACAACUGAAGCGUCAUCAGUAGGAGGAUUCUAUGCUAUAAAUCGGCGAGGGCAGGUUUUACUGGCUACUGUAAAUGAAGCAACGAUUAUUCCUUUUGUCAGUGGUCAAUUGAACAAUCUGGAGCUUGCUGUUAAUCUUGCCAAAAGAGGAAAUCUUCCCGGGGCAGAGAAUUUGGUUGUCCAGCGAUUCCAAGAAUUGUUUGCUCAGACAAAAUAUAAGGAGGCUGCAGAGCUUGCUGCUGAGUCACCACAGGGAAUUCUUCGUACUCCUGACACUGUUGCAAAAUUUCAGAGUGUUCCUGUUCAAGCUGGGCAAACACCACCUUUGUUGCAGUAUUUUGGAACACUGUUAACCAAGGGAAAGCUUAAUGCAUUUGAGUCACUGGAAUUAUCACGCCUUGUUGUGAAUCAGAACAAAAAGAACCUUCUGGAGAAUUGGUUGGCUGAAGACAAGCUUGAAUGCAGUGAAGAGCUUGGAGAUCUUGUGAAGACUGUUGAUAAUGAUCUUGCUCUGAAAAUAUACAUUAAGGCUAGGGCUACUCCAAAGGUUGUUGCAGCUUUUGCUGAACGAAGAGAAUUUGACAAGAUUCUCAUAUACUCAAAGCAGGUUGGGUACACACCUGACUAUCUAUUCCUUCUGCAAACAAUUUUGCGAUCUGAUCCACAGGGAGCUGUUAAUUUUGCACUUAUGAUGUCGCAAAUGGAGGGCGGUUGUCCAGUUGACUACAACACUAUUACUGAUCUCUUUCUUCAGAGGAAUAUGAUCCGGGAGGCAACGGCUUUUCUGCUAGAUGUUCUGAAACCAAAUCUGCCAGAACAUGCAUACCUUCAGACAAAGGUCUUGGAAAUCAAUCUAGUGACUUUCCCGAAUGUAGCAGAUGCUAUCUUAGCCAAUGGAAUGUUCGGCCACUAUGAUCGUCCCCGAAUUGCCCAACUCUGUGAGAAAGCUGGUUUAUAUAUGCGUGCCCUUCAGCAUUAUACCGAAUUGCCAGAUAUUAAACGUGUCAUUGUGAAUACGCAUGCCAUUGAACCACAGUCACUUGUAGAGUUUUUUGGGACUCUUUCCAGAGAGUGGGCACUGGAGUGCAUGAAGGAUCUUUUGUUAGUUAAUCUUAGAGGGAACCUGCAAAUAAUUGUGCAGACCGCCAAGGAAUAUUGUGAGCAGUUGGGAAUUGAUUCUUGCAUAAAACUCUUUGAACAGUUUAAGUCAUAUGAAGGGUUAUACUUUUUCCUGGGAUCACAUUUCAGUUCUAGUGAGGAUCCUGAUAUUCAUUUCAAGUACAUCGAGGCAGCUGCUAAAACUGGACAAAUAAAAGAGGUUGAGCGUGUCACUAGAGAGUCAAACUUCUAUGAUGCUGAGAAGACGAAGAAUUUUCUAAUGGAAGCAAAGCUUCCAGAUGCACGGCCCUUAAUAAAUGUCUGUGAUCGUUUUGGUUUUGUUCCAGAUCUUACGCACUAUCUCUACUCAAACAACAUGCUUCGAUACAUUGAAGGUUAUGUUCAAAAGGUCAAUCCUGCGAAUGCUCCUCUAGUUGUAGGUCAGCUGCUUGAUGAUGAGUGCCCUGAAGAUUUCAUUAAAGGUCUUAUUCUUUCUGUCCGCUCUCUACUUCCAGUAGAGCCUCUUGUUGAGGAAUGUGAGAAAAGGAAUCGUCUUCGCUUGCUUACUCAGUUCCUGGAGCAUCUUGUGAGUGAGGGAAGCCAGGAUGUACAUGUUCAUAAUGCUCUUGGUAAAAUCAUCAUAGACAGCAACAAUAAUCCGGAGCAUUUCCUCACUACUAACCCAUACUAUGAUUCACGUGUUGUGGGUAAAUAUUGUGAGAAACGAGAUCCUACCCUGGCGGUGGUUGCUUACCGCAGAGGACAGUGUGAUGAUGAACUUAUCAAUGUCACAAAUAAGAAUUCCUUGUUCAAGUUACAAGCCAGAUAUGUGGUUGAGAGGAUGGACUCUGACCUCUGGGAGAAAGUUCUCAACCCUGAUAAUGUGUACAGAAGACAGCUUAUUGACCAAGUUGUAUCAACUGCCCUGCCUGAAAGCAAGAGCCCUGAGCAAGUUUCUGCAGCUGUUAAAGCUUUCAUGACUGCUGAUCUCCCACACGAGUUAAUUGAGCUUCUUGAAAAAAUUGUGCUCCAGAACUCUGCCUUCAGUGGAAAUUUCAAUUUGCAGAAUCUGUUGAUCCUGACAGCUAUUAAAGCAGAUGCAUCAAGAGUAAUGGAUUACAUUAAUCGGUUAGACAACUUUGAUGGACCAGCAGUUGGGGAGGUGGCUGUGGAAGCACAAUUGUAUGAAGAAGCAUUUGCCAUCUUCAAGAAGUUCAACUUGAAUGUUCAAGCUGUGAAUGUCCUUUUGGAUAAUAUUCAAAGCAUUGAACGGGCUGUGGAGUUUGCAUUCCGUGUUGAAGAAGAUGCUGUUUGGAGCCAGGUGGCCAAGGCCCAACUUAGGGAAGGGCUAGUGAGUGAUGCAAUUGAAUCAUUUAUCCGUGCAGAUGAUGCAACUCAAUUUUUAGAUGUCAUCAAGGCUGCUGAGGAUGCCAAUGUAUAUCAUGACUUGGUGAGGUAUCUUUUGAUGGUGAGACAAAAGUCCAAGGAGCCCAAGGUGGACAGUGAACUUAUUUAUGCUUAUGCCAAGAUUGAUAGGCUGGGUGAAAUUGAGGAAUUUAUCCUUAUGCCAAAUGUUGCUAAUCUCCAAAAUGUUGGUGAUCGCUUGUAUGAUGAAGCCCUGUAUGAGGCUGCAAAGAUUAUUUUUGCAUUUAUUUCUAACUGGGCCAAGCUGGCUAUCACACUAGUGAAGCUGAGGCAGUUCCAAGGUGCAGUUGAUGCAGCUAGGAAGGCAAACAGCUCAAAGACAUGGAAAGAAGUAUGCUUUGCUUGUGUUGAUGCUGAGGAGUUCCGCUUGGCACAAAUAUGUGGGCUCAACAUCAUUAUUCAGGUGGAUGACUUGGAGGAGGUCAGUGAUUAUUACCAGAGCAGAGGAUGUUUCAAUGAGUUAAUCUCUCUCAUGGAAAGUGGUCUAGGAUUGGAGCGUGCACAUAUGGGCAUCUUCACUGAGUUGGGAGUUCUAUAUGCCAGAUACCGUCCUGAAAAGCUUAUGGAACACAUCAAAUUGUUCUCAACCCGUCUCAACAUUCCUAAGCUUAUACGAGCUUGUGAUGAACAACAGCAUUGGAAAGAACUCACCUAUCUGUAUAUACAAUAUGAUGAGUUUGACAAUGCUGCAACUACCAUCAUGAACCAUUCUCCAGAGGCAUGGGACCACAUGCAAUUCAAAGAUGUUGCAGUCAAGGUUGCAAAUGUGGAGCUCUACUAUAAGGCCGUGCACUUCUACUUGCAGGAACAUCCUGAUCUUAUUAAUGAUCUUCUUAAUGUUCUUGCCCUUCGUGUGGACCAUACACGUGUAGUAGACAUAAUGCGGAAGGCAGGUCACCUGCACCUGGUGAAGCCUUACAUGGUUGCAGUUCAGAGCAACAAUGUUGCUGCAGUCAAUGAAGCUUUGAAUGAGAUCUAUGUUGAGGAGGAGGAUUAUGAUAGACUGCGAGAAUCAAUUGAUAUGCAUGAUAACUUUGAUCAGAUAGGCCUUGCCCAGAAGGUUGAGAAACAUGAGCUUCUUGAGAUGAGGCGUAUUGCGGCUUAUAUCUAUAAAAAGGCAGGUAGAUGGAAGCAGUCCAUUGCAUUGUCAAAGAAAGACAACCUUUAUAAAGAUGCCAUGGAAACAUGUUCACAGUCUGGCGAUCGCGAACUUUCAGAGGAGUUGCUUGUUUAUUUCAUUGAGCAGGGAAAGAAAGAAUGCUUUGCUUCUUGCCUAUUUGUUUGUUACGAAUUGAUCCGGCCAGAUGUUGCGCUAGAACUUGCCUGGAUGAAUAAUAUGAUCGACUUUGCUUUCCCGUAUCUAUUGCAGUUCAUCCGUGAGUACACAGGCAAAGUUGACGAACUUAUCAAGGACAAACUUGAAGCUCUUAGUGAAGUGAAGACCAAGGAGAAGGAGGAGAAGGAAAUGGUUGCACAGCAGAAUAUGUAUGCCCAGUUGCUGCCUCUUGCUUUGCCUGCACCACCAAUGCCAGGGAUGGGUGGAGGUUUUGCACCACCACCACCAAUGGGUGGGAUGGGUAUGCCUCCAAUGCCAGCUUUUGGCAUGCCCCCAUUGGGCACCUACUGAUCGAGAGUGGCAACGAGUAAGGAAUAGAGUUAGUAGUCACAACGAGCAAAGGGGAAGUUUGCGGUCUCUAGGAUAUAUCCAAUUGCACUUGGGGCGGAUGGAAUUCUUUUCGUUUCAUGUGGGGGGAAUGUGAAGGUCUCAGGUCCCGAAUAAGCUCUUUUGUCGUGUUUAUUUUUGUUGUAGGGUGUGGUUCAAAAAAAAAAAUAUUUCUCAAAUAUUCUUUUGGUAGCAGAGGCUUAUUUUUUGCUGCCGUUGAGGCCGAGCUGAGCAUUUUCUGCCUGUCGAACUGUGUUUUGUGGCGCCGGGAAAAUGUUGUGCAGUCGAUGUUGUGCAGUCGAUGUAAUCUGACAUUGGCGAAUGUUGUAGGCAUGGUGGUGGCUUGUUUGCCACGUGUAUAGGUCGAUGGUCUUUGUUGUUUUAGAUAUUUUUGUUCGUUCUUCAAUUUUAGAGAUGUAAUUGAUUACUUCUUCCCCUUGUUUUGGGCUUUUUUCCGCUCUUGGCAUGAUGCCUUUUUUCUUGUUCA